AUGGGCAGACCACCACUGAAAGAGGGCAGACCACCACUGCAGGACGGCAGAACACCACUGCAGGAGGGCAGGCAACCAAUGCAGGAUAGAAUGCCACCACUGCAAGAUGGCAGGCCACCACUGCAGGAUGGCAGACCAAAACUGCAAGAUGGCAGACCACUACUGCAGGAUACCAGACCACUACUGCAGGAUUGCAGACCACCACUGCAAGAGGGCAGACCACCACUGCCGGAUGGCAGGCCACCACUGCAGGAUGGCAGGCCACUACUGCAGGAUGCCAGGCCACGACUGCGGGAUUGCAGACCACCACUGCAAGAGGGCAGACCACCACUGCAGGAUGGCAGGCCACCACUGCAGGAUGGCAGGUCACCACUGCAGGAUGGCAGGCCACCUCAGCAGGCUGGCAAGCCAUAA